GGGCGGGCUGGGGACGGGGCGCUCUCGGGCUCCGACCGCGAGUGGGGUGCGGGCGCGGGGAAAGCGCGCAGCAUGCUCACGGCCGCCGGCAGCCUCCUGCGCCUCGGCCUGGGGCGCUUCGUCCGCGGCCCGCCGGGGACGCCUCUAGGAGCCGCGCCGCGGCCCUCAGCGCCUCUCCCGCCCCGGGGUCUCCUCCGCUACUCCAGCGGCGGGGCCCCCAGCGGCUCUGCGCCCUCAGAUCAAGCCGGGAAGGUUCACAGGGUACCCACCCAGCACAGGCCUUCGCAAUUCGACAAGAAAAUCCUGCUGUGGACCGGACGUUUCAAAUCAAUGGAGGAGAUCCCGCCUUGGGUCCCGCCAGAAAUGAUAGAUGCUGCAAGAAACAAGGCUCGAGUGAAAGCUUGUUACAUAAUGAUUGGACUCACAAUUAUUGCCUGCUUUGCAGUGAUAGCAUCAGCCAAAAGGGCCGUAGAACGACAUGAAUCCUUAACAAGCUGGAACUUGGCAAAGAAAGCUAAGUUGCGUGAAGAAGCUGCAUUGGCUGCACAGGCUAAGGCUAAAUGAUAUUCCAAGUGACAAAGUAUUCACCUGAAUACCAUCAAUAUUAUCAGCAACAAUAAAAGAUAGGUAAAAUAGAAUAUUUAACAAAAUAUUUGCCAUGGUUUUAUUUUGGCAACAAGAAGCACAAGGUCUUUUUUAUUUUAUGCCUUAGUAAUCUUUUCAUAUAUUCAAGAAAGUGCAUGAAAGCAUAUACAGCUUGGAAGAUUUUUACAUAGCAAACACACCUGAGUAACAGCAGCCCAGGUCAAGAUGUAGAACAUCAACAGCACCUCAACAGCCUCCUUUUUGCCAUCACUCAGUCAUUACCCACCCAAAGGUAACCACUGUUCUGAGUUUUAUCACCAUAGAUAACUUUUGCCUGUUUUUGAACUUAAUAAAAAUGGAAACACACAGUAAGCACUUGUGCAUUUGGAUCCUUAACAUUAUGUUGUGCGAUUCAUGCACAAAUUGUGUAUAGCAUUAAUUCAUUCAUUUUUAUUGCUGUAUAAUAUUCCAUUGUAUGAAGAUGCCACAGUUUGUCUGGAUAUUUGGUCCAGUUUUUGGCCAUUACAGAUAGUGCUAAAAUGAACACUUUGUACAUGUUAUUUAAAUGAGAUUGGAACUAAAUUAUUAAGGGCUCUUUAAAAUCAAAGGUAAUUUUCAACCAAAGUUCUACUGUAUUGGGUAACUGGACAGUCCCUCUGGUUUUCUUUUCAUAGUUUACAUCUAGAUGAAACAGAUUUGAAAAGUCUUACAAAUCAAAAACUAUUAAUUCCAAAAUCUAUUAAUAAAAUGAUAAAUUACAGAAACAGUAAUUGUAAAAGCAAUUUUAAAAAGACAAAAAUGUUACAGAAAGAAAAAUGGUAUAUGUCAAUGGUCUUCAAGCUUGUUUUACUUAGCCCUAAAACAACUUUUUAAAUUAUACAUCUCAUCCUCAUAUGUUUUUAAUUUGGCAUCUAUAAUAUUUUUACUCGUAAAUGUAAGUAGUUGGAAAGAUAUCGUUUCUGUUAUAUUGUGUAUUGCAUGUACUUUACAUAUACUUUCCAUCGUAAGCUUGAAGCUACAUCGUUAGGUCAUUCAAUGUAUGGAGAUGUCUGCCUUGUAAUUUUAAGGACAAAACCAGUUUUCAUUGUCAAGCUGAGUCAAAUCAAACUUGCUUUCUGUUAGAAAAAGUCUUAAUUUGAUUUGAAAAUAAAAAUGUUAAUACA